UAUCCGUGCAGUAAUUGAAACAUGGUCAAGACUUGCUUUUGCCUGGUGCCUCUGCUCUGCCAGCUUUGGGGCCUGCAUGCCGCGUUGCUGGAUUCUUUGGUGAGUCAGAGCAACAUCUAUUACCUGGAGCCCGGAGCGUCGGAGCUGCCACUGCAGAGCGUGGAACAGGUAAACACGGUGGAUUCAAUUAAGCUGAUUGUCCACGGCUACUUGGCCUCGCGGUCGCACGGCUCCAUAAUGCCCCUGAGGAAUGCGUACAGCUCCCAGGGAUAUGAGAAUGUGCUGGUGGCUGACUGGUCGGCUGCCGCCACUCUGGAUUAUCCCUCCUCGCGAUUUGCCGUGGAUAAGGUGUCCCUGGUGCUGGCCAAGGAACUGCAGAGGUUUCUCCUGCGACACAGCAUAGCCGCUGCAGCAGUCCAUGUGGUGGGACACAGCUUGGGCGCCCAUAUAGCUGGCCGCAUUGGCCACUACUUUAAUGGAACUCUGGGCAGGGUUACAGGUCUCGAUCCUGCGCUGCCACUUUUUACACAGCGCUCCGGGGACAGUCUGCGCUCGAAUGCAGCGCAAUUUGUGGAUGUUAUUCAUACGGAUUACCCGCUCUUCGGGGACCUCAGACCCCGCGGGACUGUAGACUUUUAUCCCAACUUUGGAUUCGCCCCGCAGCCAGGUUGCGAGGAUGUGGACCUAAUUGCUGCCAGUAAGCUCCUCCGCGAGGCUUAUAGCUGCAGCCACAACAGGGCUGUCAUGUUCUAUGCGGAGUCAAUUGGAAUGCCACAGAACUUUCCGACUAUCCCCUGCAGCUUGAAGGCCAUCAAGAGUCGCCAUGUGGAAAGCUGCCUACGGGAGAGCUCCAGGCCAAGUCAGAAUGGAACGAAAUCAGACUCUGAGGUGGUUUUCAUGGGAGAGCAGCUUAGCCGCAGCGUCACGGCGUUUGGAAAUUUUUACUUGGAAACUAAUGGAGCACCACCUUACGGCAAGGGGAGGAACUCAAAUUAUCGACUUCUCGACUAAUUACAUCGCAUAUACGCUUUUCCACUGUUUAGACAUACUUUUGGC